UCUCAAUCGAAUUCAUUUCUCCCCUUUUCAUCCUCCUUCUUUAAGCUUUACACUUAUCAUCAUUAUCAUCAUCAUCAUCGUCUCUCUCUCUCUCUCUCUCUUUCUCCAUCAUCAUCGAUUCUGGUUGGACUUAUUUACCUGUUGCUGUUUGACCAAAGCAAAGAAAACUUGAAAUCGAAAAUUUUUUUUUCUUUUUAUAAUUUAAUCAAAAAGCUUUAAUUUUGUUUAAUUUAAUUGUUUCAUCCACCAUUAAACUAACACACAUCUCAGUUAACUAAAUACCAAUAUUAUCAUCAAGUUAAUUGUGAUUAACCAUUAAAUCCUCGGAUUAUCAAAUCUCAGUGUCCAACCAACAAUAAUACAAGAAACAAAAGACAACUGACCAAUUGGAUUUAAAUUGUUUACCUUAAUUAUCCUCUUAUUUCAAGCAAUUAAUGAGCAACGGAAACUUUAUAUUAUGUCCGAAAGUUUUAAUUGUUGUUGAAAAUUGAUUUUCUCUCUCUAUCUCCCUUUAUUUUCACAAUCAAGUUCAUCUUAUCAACUUUAAUUUAAUCACAAUUAAAAAGUUUUAAUUAUGAUCAGUAGACGUAAAAUUUUAUCUCGAUCACAAAGUGACAUUGAUUAUCCAUAUGAUGCUUAUGCAGUUGAAGAGGAUAUUUGGUAUGACAAGGAAAAUCUUUACACAGAUCAUAUUCAAGAGAUUCUCAAAAAAUGGGAACAAAUUGACGAUGAAAUUUGGGGUAAAAUUAUUUGCAUGGAAAGAAAUCGUCGAAUUGCCAAAGCUUAUGCUCGAGUCCCAGUUCUAACGGUAUCGGGAUCAGAUGAUGGUUUCGAUGGGUUUAAAAUUGGACUAAAUGGUUUCGAUCGAGCUCCAAGUAGAGAUCCAUUGGUUAAAAGAGUUCGUGAUCACAUUGGCGGAGUAAUUCGAAUCAAAAUGGACGAAUUCGGUAAUAUUAUAAUCAAACGAAUGUCACAUUGUGAUGUUUUCAUUCGAGGUUAUGAUCGAGAAUCAAACAGUAUAUCCAAAGAGAUAUUGGACUUUUCGGGUGAACUUGAAUUCGAGAAAUCGGUUAAAUUAUUUGAUAUGAAGAAAUUUCAAUCCGGAUUAAGUAAAGAGUUAAGAUCAGCUUAUCCUGAUCGUCGAAGGCUUGAAAAUCAAUGUAUCAACGUGAUCGCUUUCGUUAAAGAUGCAACCGAUGUACUUGACCUUCCAGUUUGGAUUAUGGUGAUUAACAUUGUCGCCCUUGAUAUGCUUAAAUCAAAAUUACCCCAACAAGUUUGCUAUCGAAAUGAAAAUGUACCCAAGUUUGUCAAUGUCUUCACCAAACCGGAACAAGAUGAAGACCCAUAUUCAGUUCCAAGUUUACCGACAAGUAAACGACCUCAAAACGGAAAACCAAUUAAUCCACUUUUGGUUAAUCAUAAUAAUAAUGUUAAUCAUAGUUCCGUUAAUCCAAGUAAUAAUAAUAAUAGUGUUAUUAGUAAUCAAAAGGGAAGUGAUACUAAACCACCAGAAUUACCGCCGAGAGAUUUUGCCAAGAUUAAGAAAACGAAGGAGAAAAAAAUACCUUCAAUGUUCAAAAGUUUAGUUCGAGGAGGUCGAAGUCAAUCGAGUAAUAAUAACAAUGUACAAUCGAACAGUGUGGUUGCCACACCUAAAAAGGAAGUCGAUUAUGAGGAUCCAUAUUAUUGUGGAAUGCAAGCUCGAGUGUCCCACUUUGCCGUUCCCCGUGAACCUCGUAAGUCCACAAACGGAGGUAAUUCACCCGGUAACUUGGGAUUAAGUUCAUUACAAGACAUGAGAAAAUCUCAUUCCUCUGGUUAUCUUAAUUCACUUUUUAAUCCAUCUUCAAAUUUUAAUCCAUAUCGAGGUGGAUCAUCUUAUUACUCUUACUAUGAUUCCAAUUUUGAAUCGGAUCCUUACAUGUCAUCAGGUGAUGGGUAUGAUACUUAUGCUCCUCUCUAUGGACGAACACCUUAUUCAUCUCAUCAUCUUAAUCAUCAACUUAAUCAUCAUCUUAAUCAACAAUCAUCAUCAUCUGGACAACGACGUAAUCAACAAUUACAACCCCAACGAACCUACUUAAGGGAGGUUCAAGGUGAAAGAUAUGCCACCGAAUGGGAUUAAAUUAAAUUACGAACACACAACAAUUAAGCCAACAAUCAUCAGCAUCUCUUUUGCUAUCAAUCAAAUCAUCAUUAUCAUCAUCAUCUUAAUCAACAUCAACAAUUUACUGUUGAUCAUCACAAUCAAUAUCAACAUAUAACUUUUUUUUUCAUUGAAUAACUUUGUUAAUUUUUCCCCUUCCAAUCAAUUUAAAUAACAAUAUAAUCAAUCAAACCAAUCAACCUUUUAAACAAUUAAAUUGUGUAAAUUUUUUUUGUCAAUCUAUUAAUGAUUAAACAAAACAAACAUCACAAUCAAUUUUGAUUGUCUAUUUAUUGUGAUUGAUUUAAUUAUUACAAAAAAAAAUUGUAACCAAAGUUGUGAUUUGGUUUCUUUAAACUUUUUGAUUGAUUAAAACUUUUAGGUCAAUGGUUUUGAUGAUUAACUAAUUUACUAAUUUGUAAUUCUCUCUCAACCUUUUCAAGUGUUAACUAUGAUUAAUCAACUGACCAUUGACCUAAUUGUCUGUUAAUCAUCAUUCAUGAUGAUUAAAUCAAUUUUAAAUGUAUGUUUGUUUAAUUUAAUUUUUUUCUUGUUGAAACAACGGGUUAGUGAUUAAAAUUAUUAAAAUACUUGCCAAUUGAUAAUUAACCUUAAUUGUUGGUGCCACCUUUUGAUGUUUAAUGUAAACUAAACAAUUAAAGUUAAAUUGUUACAAUUUAAAGUAAUUGAAUGUUGAGAGAAUCAAAUUAUUUGGUAAUGAGGGAACAAAUCUCUCCAAUUGAAUAAAAGUCAGAGUGGGAAAAUUGGAGGUGGGAAAUUGAUCUAUAUUCAUCUUAUUUGCAAUCCUUUUCAUCAUCAUCAUCAUCAUCUUUCAUCAUCCUUAUCAUCACUAUGAAGAAACCAUUAAAAGUAUCUCACUCUAUCAGGAAGAGAAAAAUAAAGAGCAACAAGUAAUAUUAUUAUUCUGAUAAAACUCACUCCCAGUUCAAAGGAAGAUAACGAGAAGAUGAUGAAGAAGAGGAAAAAGACGAGAGAGAGAGGGA